AUGGCGGAGAAAUGGCGAAAGUUCAAAGAAUAUAUGAAAAAAAAAACCCGCUUGAGUGGGAAGAGCCAAAAAGGGAAAGAUGUUUCCAAACGUGAAAUAACUGUUCAAAUGUUAAGCGCGGAUGUGUCGGGCAAGGCCCAAAAGUAUUCACGUAUCGGCCCAAAGGAAUUUGUCCAGUUAUAUGACGACGAUGAUGAAGAUCUAGAUCGACUUUAUACAAGAGAAGAGAUGACAAUUGAACGAGUGAAGGAUGCAUGCCUAAAACAUUUUCAACCGAAGGUUGGAAAGAAUGUUGUAUGUGAUAUCCUUGCCGGUGAGCAAAGACCUUCCUGCGCAUCCUUGAAGCAAAUACCGAAUAUGAAUCUUAUAUACGUCAGAUUCAUAAACAAGAGCUCGACAGCAGAUUUGCCUGUAUUCGUUGAUGAUACUGACCCAGAUCAUCUGCAAAGCACAACUGUGAAACGAAAGGGCCCUAACUCUGUUCCAAGUCCAAAAAAAGCUAAAAUCUCAACACCAAUGCCCAAGAGUCUCUCGGUAACCCAUAUGUUGAAACUAGGUAAACUUAUAAACAAGUCUACCACUACCAUCCGCUUGUAUGGAUUUAAUUUGGCAGAUAUGAGCUGGUCGUCUUCACCAAGGGCAGUUGAAUUUAGUGUUUCAGAGGAUGUGCUCGGAGAAGGUGCAUUCCGAAAAGCUUAUAAAGCAGAAUCAAAACAUGAGAGCUUUGCUGGUUCAUGGGUAGUCAAAGAAUAUAAUGAAAAUGCAUUGGAUGUCAUUGCUGAGAUCAACCAAACUCUCGAAACCCAUACAAAGAAGGUUGUACAAAUGCAGAGCUUAGUCCAGAACUUUGCAAGCCAACUGAAGACAAGUGUUGAGCAAAAUAGCAUGCAAGAAUCUUUUGGCGAUUGUUUCCAUUAUGGGAGUGUCUACUUAGGAAAGAAAGGUGACGAAUUUGUCACAGUUGAAGAGUUUGUAGAUGGAGAGUUUAGUAAGUAUAUAAACAAUGAUGGCACAUUGUGUAAGAAUGUCAACGAAGUUAUAUUACAGAAAGCAGAGUGUCUUUCUCAUUUUUCUUUUGAAAAAUCCAACAAUCAGGUAAUGGUGUUAGAUAUCCAAGGAUGUGGCUACUCUCUUGUAGACCCAGAAGUUACAUCAUCUUCCGGAACUCUUUGA